UAGACCCGCCUCCGGGGCUGGGGUCAAAGGAGAUCCUGGAAGAGGCACUGCUGCUAGCUUCUUGUCGCCGGCUCCUGACCCCUCCCAGGACCCGUGAUGCCAAGGCAGCUGAAAGGGGCGACGAACAGUCGGGGUUGAGCCCCGAGUGAGCUGAGGGCUCGCGCUCUUCUAGUCUCCCGGGCCUGCCCCACCUGAAGAAAUGAGUGGUGGACUGGCCCCAAGUAAAAGCACAGUGUAUGUAUCCAACCUGCCCUUUUCCCUGACCAACAAUGACUUAUACCGGAUAUUUUCCAAGUAUGGCAAAGUUGUAAAGGUUACUAUAAUGAAAGAUAAAGAUACCAGGAAGAGUAAAGGGGUUGCAUUUAUUUUAUUUUUGGAUAAAGACUCUGCACAAAACUGCACCAGGGCAGUAAACAACAAACAGUUAUUCGGUAGAGUGAUAAAAGCAAGCAUUGCUAUUGACAAUGGAAGAGCAGCUGAGUUCAUCCGAAGACGAAACUACUUUGAUAAAUCUAAGUGUUAUGAAUGUGGGGAAAGUGGACACUUAAGUUAUGCCUGUCCUAAAAAUAUGCUUGGAGAACGUGAACCACCAAAGAAGAAAGAGAAAAAGAAAAAAAAGAAAAUUCCUGAACCAGAAGAAGAAAUUGAAGAAGUAGAAGAAAGUGAUGAUGAAGGGGAAGAUCCUGCUCUUGACAGCCUCAGUCAGGCCAUAGCUUUCCAGCAAGCCAAAAUUGAAGAAGAACAAAAAAAAUGGAAACCCAGUUCAGGGGGUCCCUCAACAUCAGAUGAUUCAAGACGCCCAAGGAUAAAGAAAAGCACAUAUUUCAGUGAUGAGGAGGAACUUAGUGAUUAAAAUUAUAUAUAUUAUGUCAAUAUCAUUAAAAAUUUUUUAAAUCUUGGAGUACCAAGUUCCGUUGGGACUAAAGAUUACUUUUAGAAUUUGAACAUAAGAACACUUAGUACCAAAUAGUUUUUUUACUUUAAAAUAGUUCAUAGGAAAUUGAAAAGUAAUUUUAAAGUAUCAUGUUUAUCUUGCAUCAAGAUUUGCUAAUAAUCAUUAAUCUUGAAAACAGUUCAUUUGAAUAAAAAAGAAAACUUAAUACUAUCAUAAUAAUGCUAUUGUUAUCCCAAGAAAAAAGGUAGAUAAGUAAAAAGAUUUGUUUGAGAAGUUCAUUAUAAAAGUUUAUUCAUGAUUGGCUUAUUUGAGGACUUUUGAAAUAAAUUUCAUCUUUAAAACAAAAACCUCUUAAAGACUGAAAAGGUUGAAUGAUUUAUUGUUAUUAAUGUUAAUAAAAUUUUCUCAAGAGAA